GAGCACCGCACGUGAUGUUUCGCUUUUGACCUGCUUCCUGGAUGCUGUUACAUUCAUAGCAUAGGCGAAGUGAAUCCUUGAGAUUUGUAGCAAAAUACAGACUGUGUGCUUUUGGUGGUUAUUGUGACCAAGAUGAACUACUUGGGGUUAGUUUUGUGCAUGUGUGUCGGGGCGUUGGGAGGAAAGUAUUCACGCGAAGUGAAUGAGCAGAAGGCAUCUGUUGAUGGUAAGAAUCCGGUGGAAUUUCGAAUUGCAAAGCUGAAUCAAGUCUGGGAGAAAGCUGUUCGGAUGCAAAUGCCACCCGUGCGACAGGCCGAGCUCCACAGUGACCUGAAAAUCCAGGAGAAGGACGAGCUUCAAUGGAAAAAGCUUAAAGCUGAAGGGUUGGACGAGAACGGGGAGAGAGAAGCAAAGCUACGACGAAAUUUUAAUGUAAUUCUUGCAAAAUAUGGGAUGGAUGGUAAAAAAGACACCAGGACAAUGGAGAACAAUAACUUGAAGGACCAUGACAUUAGAGAAGGAGAUAUAUUUGAGGAACCAAGGCUGGACAAACUGUGGAACAAAGCUAAAUCAUCUGGAAAGUUCUCUGAAGAUGAGCUCCAAAGUUUACGCAGGGAGUUCCAGCAUCACAAGGACAAGAUUCAUGAGUACAACAUCCUGAUGGAUACCGUCAGCAGGACUGAAGAGAUCCACAAGAACGUGAUCUCGCCCCUGGAGGGAGAUGUGAAGGAGCAUGCAGUGCAUCAGAAGCACUCCGAGCUGAAACAGAAGAUGAGGGAUCUGAAUCAGGGCUUCGAGCGAUUGCGCAAGAUCAGUCACGAGGGCUUCAGUGAUGAUGACAGUGAGUUCCGGGAGCCCAGAGUGAUUGAGCUCUGGGAUAUGGCUAGGAGAUCAAAUCUCAGUGAAGACGAGCUGGACUCUCUGAAGGAGGAGCUGAAGCACUUUGAGACCAAGGUGGAGAAGCACCAGCACUAUCAGGAGCAGCUGGAGCUGUCGCACCAGAAGCUGAAGCACGUGGAGGCACUGGGGGACCAGGACCACAUCCUGCGCAACAAGGAGAAGUACAACUCCCUCUCUGAGAAGACCAGGGAGAUGGGCUACAAGAUGAAGAAACACAUGCAGGACUUGACCAAUAAGAUCUCCCGUGACGGUCUCCCCCACAAUGAACUUUGAGCUCUCUUUUGUAUUCUGUGUCCAACAGAAUGAAUUGCCUUUUUCUACCCAUCUGUAAUUAUUUUUCACCUUUGUGUAAAUAGCCCACUGCAAAUGUAAAGACUUCACACUUCGAGAGAAAUUAUUCACUGUUAUGUUUUAGUCAUCACUCUGAUGUUAUGCUACUGUUCAAAUCACGAGGAUGUACUUGUGCCUUUGUUAGGUUGUCCAGAAAGUGUUUUUUUUUUUUUUUUUUUUUUUUUUUUUUUCAUGUUUCAAAGUUACAAGCCCAUUCAUAUUGAGCAAACCUGUGAAGGGCCAUGAGAGAUUGUACAAAUUGUGUAAAGAUCUGUUUGUAAUGGCUAUUGUGUGGUACUUGUUGGUUCAGUGUUUAUAGUUUUAAUCUUUCUCGCACUGUUUUGUAGAUCCAGUCCAUUUCAUCUUUUGCACUUAAGUAAAUCAGGAUCAAAUCCAAGAACAUGAUUUGUGUUUGUCUUCAUCAUCUAUUUUUAUUUUUCCUGAAAAUGUACUCUGUAGUACACUCAAUAAACCCCAGUCCAAUUGGUUGACAGUG